AUGGUCGAACCAUCUGGAGAACGGGUCGGACUUCGUCUGAGCAAGAAAUGGAAGAGAUUCAUGAAGCCGUAUGCCCCGUUCAGGAGGGUUUAUAGGACCCCGGGGAAGUGUCCGGAGCACACAGUGCCAUACCUAAACCGGGAACAGCUUAUAAGCACGGGAUAUUACCCGAACUCUACGCAAAACAUCGUGCCUGGCCAAAGGUCCUUCCAUGUGUUUCUUUUGGUCAAGGGUACUAUAUUUUACAGCUCAAUAUUAUACGCCGCUUUUGAAUCCCUGGACGACAUUGUGGAAUUGGGACGGGAUCUCGCCUUUAUAAUAGCGUCGUUUUUCAUAUAUUUCAAGCUGAUAUAUUUCCUGCUGUAUGCCGAUAACGUGGACGAGGUAAUCAACGGCCUCGAGGAGUGCUACCGUUGGGAGAGAGCGGGCCCGGCUGCUGCAGGAGUGCGAUCGGCAAAACGUUUGCAUUAUCUGAUUGUCAUUGGAAUGCAAAUAAUUUGGGUGGUUUCCAUGAUCAUUUUUAUAGUGCUAUUAAUUUCGACGCCAUUUUGGACACAACAGGAGUUGCCGCUCCAUGCAGCCUAUCCGUUUCACUUGCACGAUUCUUUGAGGCAUCCGAGAAUGCACAUUCUCAUCUACUUAUCACAAUCUUUCGACAUUCUGUACUACCUCACGUGGCUAACCGUUACCGAGUGCAUGUCCGUGUCCAUUUACUCCCAGCUGACGACUGCGUUGAGUGUCCUGUGCGUUGAGCUUCGGCACCUCCACCAGUUCUGCGAUGGAGACGAGGAUCUGCUGCGAUGGGAAAUCCAUCGUCUGGUCAAAUAUCAUCAGAAGAUAAUCAAACUUGUGGAUCGAUGCAAUGAGGUAUUCCACGGUCCUUUAAUCAUGCAAAUGAUCGUCAACUUCUUGCUGGUCUCCCUGUCGGUCUUCGAGGCAAUGAUGGCCAGGCACGACCCCAAGGUGGCAGGCCAGUUCAUACUUCUAAUGAUCUUGGCCUUGGGUCACCUGUCAAUGUGGACGAAAUUCGGGGACAUGAUGUCGCAGGAGUCGCUGGAAGUGGCCGAGGCUGCAUACGAGGCAUACGACUCAAGUGUUGGGUCCAAGAAAAUCUAUUGGAAUAUUCGCUUUAUAAUUAUGCGUGCCCAGGAGCCAUUGAUCAUGAGAGCUACUCCCUUUCCCACUUUUAAUAUGACUAACUACAAGGCCAUACUCAACCAGUGCUACGGAAUCCUCACGCUUCUGAUGAAUACCUUGGACUAGAAUAAUCUUGCACUUCUGAACAAGCUUAUAUUUCACUUAUGCUCGCAUGUGUAUCACCGAUUCCCACAUUAAAC